AUGCGCAGCCUCGACAGGUCUUGGGCGUGGACUUGGGCCACCCUGUUGACGCCGCUGCUGGCGGUGGCAGAUACUGAUGCAGCCCGAGGCUCAUCAAUCGAACUUUAUACAUCGGCUUACAUAACCUUGGAUUUGGCUGAGAGCAGUCCAGUUCACUAUCUGGAUAUUCAACUUGGUGUUCUCCAAAAGCAGGAACCAUGCGCUCCUGCGGAUGUGCUCCUUAAUCACAAGCCGUUGGAACAGGAAACCAACGGCAACUUCACCUCCCUAAGUGACGGCAUAACCUUCACCGCCGUAUGGAACAUAACCUGCGUCGAAGCCAAUGGUUUGCCUGCAGCGCAGCUCUUCUCCUUCACGGUCGAAUCUGUUUCGGACGUUGCGAUGGAGCAACCUCUAGGCUUUUCGCUUCAGUUCAAACAGGACUCUCCUGGGGAUAUAUUUGACUUGAAAGGUCCGGCCUCGAUGGAGGUUUCCCAAGACAAGUAUCAAGACUCCCUGGACGAGGGAACCGCUGAGGACUUUCUGUCCAAGCUCGAUGAGCUGCGAAGACUGCGACGUGAUGUGGUGCACUUACACCGUCUCAUCAGACGCAAGGAGAUGCAUCUCGCCAGGUCGCACCGCUGGGAAGAAGAUGAAAAAAGUAUCGGCGAUUGUGACGACUUCAAAUGCAUGGUCAAGACUUUCCUGAGCACCAUCGGCGGUGUCGCAAAGUCGUGGUUCUGGGAUGAUUUCGCCGACUUGUUUCGAGGCAGGACAAGGCACGGACAUGAUCGUUGGCGUCAUCGUCACCGACACAGGCCUCCUUGGAGACACCCUCACGGUCAUGAAGGUAACAGUUCGUUGCACGAUGGAUGGAGAUUCCCACCGCCGUGGGAGCGGCCUCAUCAUAGGCAUCGACCUCCACACUGGCCACCGCCGGGAUUUGCCAAUGAUGGACAUCCGUUUCACCCUCACCACCCACCAGACAGGCCACAUCAUCGACCUCACCCACCACCAGGGGCUUCGCAUUGGCCCGAAGACCAUCCGCCCAAAAACCCUUCGCCGCGGCCAGGUGCCUCGGAAAACGUCUUAUCGCUUGUUGUUGGCAUAGUGCUGUGCAUUGUCAUGCUUGGGCUUGUGAUUGGCAUUAUGCAUUUCCUGUGCUGUCGUCGCAGGGACUAUCACCAGGAUACAAACACGAGUCGCUCCCAACGUCGCUCGCGCCGCCGAGAGGCCAAUCGUCGGCGCCGAGCAAAGCGAAGAAAGAACCUGCGGCGCUUCCUGGCUCGUUUGUUUGGAAGUGCUUCUGAUGACGAGGAUGACGAGGAGAAGGAAGCGAUGUUGGGGAGUCGUCGGUCAAGUCAAAGCUUCACAUCGGAUGACGACGGCAACUUUUCUGACCUAGAGGAGGGACGGGCUGGAAUGAGCAUUGAGCUUUCCGACUUUACGGAGUUGGAAGCUGAAGCCGGGGUAUUGCCUCCGUACAGAGCUACUGCUGAUGACAUACUCUCUGAAUCAGCGACAUCUGACACACUCGUGGAUGAGUCUGACAGGGACUCCUUGAAGAAUUUGGAGAUGCCCACGACCAGCGGCUGCAAAGAUGCAUCGAGCAGAGCGGGAAUGACGUGA